CUCUCAAAUAACAAAAAACACAACAUGGUUGCCAAGAUUCACAUCGUUAUCUACACUCUCUACCACCACAUCUACACCCUCGCUUUGGAGGUCCAGAAGGGUUUGCUUGCCUCUGGCAUCCAGGCCGAGAUCUUCCAGGUUCCCGAGACCUUGAGUGACGAGAUCCUCACCAAGAUGCACGCCCCCCCUAAGCCCAAUGUCCCCAUUAUCACCACUGAGAAGCUCACUGAGGCCGAUGGUAUCAUCUUUGGUUUCGGUACUCGUUUCGGUACCAUGCCCGCCCAGGUCAAGGCCUUCCUUGACUCUACUGGUAAGCUCUGGUCCACUGGUGCUCUUGCCGGCAAGUUCGCCGGUACCUUCUUCUCCACUGCUGCUCAGUCUGGUGGACAGGAGACCACUGCAUUCACCACCAUCACCUACUUUGCCCAUCACGGUAUGAUCUACGUUCCUCUUGGUUUCGCCAGCCCCCACCUGUUUGACACCUCCGAGGUCAUUGGUGGUUCUCCUUAUGGCUCUGGCACCGUUGCCAACGGUGAUGGCUCUCGCCAGGUUUCCCAGAAGGAGAAGGAAAUUGCUCAGACCCAGGGUGAGAACUUUGGAAAGGUUGUCAAGACCUUUGUUGCUGGCAAGUCUGCUUAAAAAAACCUCAUCAAUCCAUUUUACGGUACUCGGUCCAUCAUCCAUAAGAUGAUUCUUUCCAGUCUUUGCAUUUUUUUUAUUCUAUUACGAUAUAAUAAAAUUCACUUUUUGUUUCAAAAAUAAUUAAAUAUGUGCUUUGAUCCAAGUGG